AGCAGAUAUUCUGGAGAAAGAACAUCAGAUCCAGUGACAUCUCCUCUAAUGUCUAGUUUCACACCUGAUCAAGCACCAUCAUUGCCUGAAGUGCCGACACCAGUUAUUCCGAAUUCAGUUGUUGUCAACAUAACGGUACCAUCUUCAUCUGUGGGGAUAGAAACACCUAGAAAUGACAUUGUAUCUACAACUUCGUCAAAUACAACUGAUGAUACCCGCACCCGAAUUGAAAUUGUCCUGGGAUGUUUGGAGCCAAGUAACGAUGUAUCUCAGGCGAUCACAAAAAUUUUUAAGGAAAAAUUGGAUCCCGAAGGAUAUGAUUGGAAGUCAGUUACACCAGAGAUUAAGGAUUUCUACUGGGAGGAGUUUAAGAAGCAAUUACAUUGGAAUAUGACAACUGAAGGUUCCAUAAAGGAUCAUUUUAUGAAAAAAUGUUCAAUACAAUACAAGGGUAUGUUAUGUGAAGCAAGAUCCUCUGAGGAGAAACGAAAAAAUAUCCCAAAAUCUGUUUGGGAGAGCUGGAAGCCUUACUAUGAUACUGACAAUUUUAAGGCUAAAUCUGCACAAUGUUCCAAAAAUCGACCAAGUGAGAAAUGUGGUGAAGGAUCUGGUCCCUCGCGCCAUACUGGAGGCUCCCGGACUCACCGAGAGCAUGCGGCUGUUCUAGGACGGCCACCUCAUCCACACAAACUUUUGAAGAAGACACAUACCAAAAGAAACGAUGAGUUUGUGGAUCUGAAGUAUAAGAGCACAUAUGUAAGUAACACCAAACAUUGUUGAUUAUCUUUCUUAAUUUUUGUUGAGAAUUUACUUAGUCGUCAUUCAUCAUGUUUAUCCCAAAUAUUAAACACAUGGUUAUAAUAUUUGAAGAUUAUAAUGAGGGAGGUUAAUGUCAUAUUAGUGCAGUUGAUGUCUCUAUAUAAUUUUUCCAGUGUGGAGGAAAUCUUUAAC